CUCCUCCUCCUCCUCCUCCUCCUCCUCCUCCUCCCUCGGUGCUCCCUCCGCUGCCGCGGCGCGCGGCAAUGCGCCGCUCCGCCACCGCGCUGGCCGCGGCGGGCGGCGCGGGCAGCGGGCCCCUGCGAAUGCGGGUGCGGGCGCAGGGCGUGGACUUCGGGCGGCUGGCCGGCGGCGUGCUGGCACAGGCGCGGGCGCAGCUCGGCACGGACGUGGACGCCGCUGGCGACCUGGCCGUGAGCAACGCCGUCAAGGCGCUCGCGCUCGCAAACCUGUUCGCGAAACAGGAGUCCUCGCACGGCGUGGUCUUUGUCCCGUUGCUCGUGGUGGGCGACGGUGGCGUCGAGGGCGCGGCCGCGGGCGAGCGCAAGCUGGUGCGCCUGUCGGUGAGCCCCCGGCGGCUUCACUCUGCAGCUGGGGCGGGCGCGGUCGCCUACCCCGAGGACGGCGAGGACUGGUCGCAGGGCGGCAUCUACGUGCCGGCCGAUGCCGCGGCCGCUGGCAGGGGCGGCGGCGCCGCUGACCGGGCUGGCCCCGCGACGUCGUCCGGCCGGGGCACCGAGGAGGCUGCCGCCGGCAGCCCGGCUGCGCCGUCCCGCCUGGCGCGCACCGUGGUCGGCGAGUGGCUGCGCCACGCCGCGCCGGAGCUGCGGA